UAAAUCUGUUGCCAAGUCUUUUAUCAAGCUUGGUGUUCAGCCACACAUGUCUGUAGCUAUCAUUGGAUUUAAUUCUCCACGUUGGUUUAUUUCCUAUCUUGGAGCAAUUAUGGCAGGUGGUAUUGGUGCUAGCAUGUAUACAACAAACAGUGCAGAUACUUGCAAGUAUAUAGCAGAGAAAUGCAGGGCAGUUGUCAUGGUAGUAGAAAACCAACUGCAGCGUGACAAAAUUCUGAAGAUUGCUCCAGAGUUAUCCAAACUUCGUGCGAUUAUUCAAUACACAGAUGUUGUUAGUGAUGACAUUAGGAAUGGACAGGAUCUUCCUGUGUAUAGUUGGAAAGACUUCAAGAAACUGGGAAGUGAUUUACCAGAAUAUGAGCUUCAAUGGAGACUGGAGGCUCAGAAACCUGGACAAUGUACUGCUCUAAUCUACACAUCUGGAACAACUGGUCAUCCUAAGGGUGUGAUGUUGUCUCACGAUAAUUUGACAUGGACAGCAAGUGCCAUUAAGCAAUUUGCAAAAAUUGAAGAAGACUAUAAAGUAGUUUCAUAUCUCCCUCUUAGCCACAUUGCAGCGCAGCUUACAGAUAUUUUUUUGCCAAUUGUUUGCAGAGGUUCUGUGUGGUUUGCCAGACCUGAUGCUUUGAAGGGCAGUCUUAUAGAGACUCUGAAGGAUGUAAAACCAACAUAUUUUAUGGCCGUGCCGCGUGUUUGGGAGAAACUUGCUGAUGAGGUGAGAUUGACACUUUCACAAGCAACAGGACUAAAGAAGAAGUUUUCAAGUUGGGCAAUGUCUGUUGGUCUUGAUGGUGGCUACAGAAUUCAAGAUGGAGGUGACACACCAUUUGGAUGGUGGAUAGCAAAUAGGUUUUUGUUUAGAAAAACACGCGAGAAGCUUGGUCUUGAUAAGUGCAAACUGCAGGGAUGUGCUGCUGCUCCUAUUGCUCGAGAAACUCUUGACUUCUUUCUUAAACUUGGCAUUCCUGUGUAUGAAGUGUAUGGUAUGAGUGAGAGCACCGGACCACAGACAGUCUCCUAUCCUGGACAUCACCAUACUGGAACAGCAGGAGAGUCUUUGAAAGGAAGUGAGCUGAAAAUCUUGCAUCCAGACGAAUUUGGUAAUGGUGAGAUUUGUUAUCGUGGACGGCAUAUCUUCAUGGGCUAUAUUCACAAUGAGGAGAAGACUAGAGAAGCAUUGGACAGUGAUGGUUGGCUGCAUUCAGGAGAUUUGGGAAAAAUUGAUGAUAAAGGUUACUUGAUCAUCACUGGUCGCUUGAAAGAGAUGCUUAUCACAGCAGGUGGAGAAAACAUUGCCCCUGUACCACUUGAGCAGCAAAUAAAGAAUGAGCUUCCUAUGGUCAGUCAUUGCUUGGUAGUUGGAGACAAACGAAAGUUCCUGACAAUGAUUGUUACCCUCAAGUGUGAGUUUGAUAGUGAAGGUGUGCCAACUAAUAAGCUUUCAGAAGUUGCUCUUGGUGAGUGUGCAAAGAUUGGAAGCAAUGCAAAAACAGUUACUGAUGCAUGUGUUUGUCUACGAAUACGACAGUACAUUAGAAAUGGGAUGCAGAAGGUUAAUGCAACUGCAGAAUCUCAUGCCCAAAAAAUACAGAAGUUUGACAUAGUACCUGAGGACUUCUCAAUUGUUGGUGGAGAAUUGACACACAAUCUAAAAGUUCGGCGACCAGAGGUACUCAGGAAGUAUGCUGACGUUAUCCAACUGUUGUAUGACAGCUAAGAAAUUUGGAAUUGUCAUAGUAACCAACUAGAGAGUAGAAACAUUUGUAAGGAAAAUGGAUCAUUGCCUGUACAUUUUGAAAUGAUUGUGAAUGUACAACGUUAGGUAGUGUCGAUGAAUUAUUGUACAGUUAAUCCAAUAGACAAUUUUAGUUUUUUUAGCAUGACAAAAAACUACUUUAAUUAGUAUCUGGUGAUUAUUGCAACCAGAGCUUUAAGUUAGCUGCAGAUUUGCAACUUUGGAAGACAUAGUAAGCAAUAGUUUGUGUUACAUUUUACAGAA